AUGCCCAGUCGGCCAGUCUCGAGUAUAAGUCAAGUAUCUCUCAACAAGGCAUUACCGCCAACGCCUGGGCCAGAUGCUUCCGACCUAACUACCUUGCUUAUUGGCCCUAAGAAGCGCCGUUUUAAAGUCAACCACACGCUACUCUGCGAGGUCUCUCCAUUUUUCCAGGAACGCCUUGAAGACCCCUUUCACUCACAAACAGUCUCAUUGUGGCUUCCUAGUGAGUCGCCUGCCAUGUUUGGCCUAUUCGUCGAGUGGGUACACUCUCCAGAAACCUUCCGCGACUAUCUCGAUAAUGCAAUCGACUCGGCUUUCAAAAAGGGAGAACAGACGUCGCUCGAUAUUCACUGGGCAAUCAUUCAUCUCCAUCUCUUUGCCUCCCAGCUCUCUCUAGGGUAUCUACAGGAUGCUUCUAUGGAUGCCCUUCAGGAUUUGUACCUCAAGUACGACUGGGAUGUGCCGCCGAAACUGGUCGUUUACCUUUACACCGAAUGCGAGGCAGAGCCUGCCAUCCGCCUUCGCCGCUGGGCUGUCGCCAUGGUAGCAUUUUGUCUGGCUUUUGGUAGCCAGCUCAAGUUACCAGCUCAAGAUUCGACAUCACUGGACCCCAACCAAUUUUAUGCGCUUUUCCAAUCGCUCUCUGACUUUUCAGCGGAUUAUGCUCAGCAUAUGGAAUGCAUGAAGGAGUCAGGCUAUGAUGUUCAACUCAAAAACCCGCAGCUCCGUAUUUCGGAAAAUGAAGAGAACAAUGAUGGACGGUUCUUUGGGUUUCGAGAAUGUUCGUUUCACUCGCAUAAAUCCGAGGUUGGUGAGGGCCCAUGCCCUCUCGCAGGUGUAAGGGCACCUAGCAGAGCCAUGAGUGCCCCAGAUCUACCAAGGCCGAGAUGGGGAAAGCACAAACGUCAAGAGAGUAGCAACCCGCCAAGAUCCCUGUUCUCAAGGAACAGUAAUAGGGAAGACGAAGAAAGAACGGGAGGUUUCUCUCAAUCGCUUAGCUCAAUCGCGUCCAAGUUCUCAUGA